GGGGUUGUCUGUGACGCCAGAGGGCUUUUGCCGGUUGUCGAUGCGACUGGCGCCGAUUUACUUUCUCGGUCUGCGUGCCGUGCGAUUCUUUCUGUGUCGCUGAUCUCAUGGAGGUAAAUACUUAUAAUAAUACAAACGGCAUGAAGCGGGUGAGGCACGACAGCUCACCGCAAAGGGUCGAGGUAUACGAGACCCCCGAAAAGCGAAUGAGAUCGUGGUCGGGAUCGGCAGCCGGUGAUUACAAGGAGUGGGACGUGGAGGAUGUCUGCUUAUUCCUGGCCAGCCGAGGUUUCGGAAAGUGGCAAGGAGUCUUCAGAGAAAGCAAGAUAAAGGGAAAAAUACUGGAAGAUCUCACGGAAUCUCAGCUGAAAGAACUAGAAAUUGGGCCUUUGGGUGAGAGAUUAGAAAUUCUGCAGUGCAUACGGACGCUGUGCCAGAGCUCUCCUGAUAAAAUAAAGGUAUUCAAUGAUCCGAUACACGGCCACAUUGAGCUGCAUCCCCUCUUGGUCCAUAUUAUCGACACCCCCCAGUUCCAGCGUCUGAGAUACAUCAAACAGCUCGGCGGCAGCUACUACGUGUUUCCAGGAGCCUCUCACAACAGAUUCGAACACUCCAUCGGCGUGGGUUACCUGGCUGGGUGCCUGGUGCGAGCGUUACACGACAGACAGCCGGAACUUCACAUAAACAAGCGAGACGUCCUCUGCGUCCAGAUCGCUGGCCUCUGCCACGACUUGGGUCACGGGCCAUUUUCUCAUAUGUUUGAUGGGAGGUUCAUGCCCCUGGCUUGUCCAAAAAGAAAUUUCAAGCAUGAAUCUGCAUCCGUGCAAAUGUUUGAUCAUCUCGUCGAAUCCAACGGCUUAGAGGACGUCAUGAAGAAAUACGGUCUGUGUUUGCCGGAGGACCUGAUAUUUAUAAAAGAGCAAAUAGCGGGGCCUUUAUCAUCAGACGCGAAAAAUAACGCAUCGCAGUGGCCGUACAAAGGUCGACCCGAAGAGAAAAGCUUCCUUUAUGAGAUCGUCGCCAACAAAAGAAACGGCAUCGAUGUGGAUAAAUGGGACUACUUUGCGAGGGAUUGUCAUCAUCUGGGUAUUCAAAAUAACUUUGAUUACACGCGGUUUCUGAAGUUUGCCCGGGUUUGUGAGGUCGAAAACCAGAAACACAUCUGCACCCGGGAUAAGGAAGUUGGAAAUCUAUAUGACAUGUUUCACACACGCAACUGUCUUCAUCGGAGGGCAUACCAGCACAAAGUUGGCAACAUCAUUGAGACAAUGAUUACUGAUGCUUUUCUAAAAGCUGACCCGUACAUCAAAGUAGAAGGCUCUGAUGGGAAUUAUUACACCCUCUCUGGUUGUGUGGAUGACAUGGUGGCAUAUACCAAGCUAACAGAUAACAUUUUCCAGCAGAUCCUCUACUCCAGUGAUCCCAAACUCUCUGAAGCCAGAGAAAUUUUACGCAAAGUUGAACGUCGUCAGUUGUAUAAAUACGUCGGGCAGACGCACCCCAACUCCAGCAUCAGGAUAAAACCGGACGAGUACGAUAUGUUGCCAAGUGAAUUGGCAAAUUCUAUACCGCAAAUGUCCACGAGCGAUGUCCAACUUAACCCCGAAGAUUUUAUCGUAGAUGUAAUUCACAUGGAUUACGGAAUGAAGGAGCAGAACCCAAUGAACAACGUGCGCUUUUACUGCAAAGCUGACCCACAGAAAGCAAUAAAGAUCAGAAAGGACCAGGUUUCCCAGCUUCUGCCAGAAAAAUUUGCAGAGCAGGUUAUCCGUGUUUACUUCAAGAGGACAGAUGAAAGGAGCCUUGAAGCUGCAAAGAGAUAUUUCGUUCAGUGGUGUAUGAAUAGAGACUUCUCCAAACCUCAGGAUGGAGAUGUAAUAGCUCCUGACAUGACUCCACUAAAAGCAAGCUGGGUGGAUCGAGAUGAAGAGGAUGACGCCAGUGGAUUGCCAACAAAGGCAGACUUGCUUAAAACCAGAACCAAACUGUUUGACAAGUAA